AUGAUUGGAGUUGAUCUCCUUGAAAAACGACGCGAAUUCCGUCAAGCUAUUGAUUUAUACAAAAAUUAUGACAAUCAUCAUUUAGUAUCAAAAUUAUUAGCUGAAGUUAUUCAUUAUUAUUUAAAUGAAUAUUUGAUCAAUCAAAAUAAUGACACGAGUAAUUUGAACGAUGAAACCACCCGUAAACAAAUUGAAACUAUUGAAGAAUAUUUCAAAGAAGCCAUUGAAAAACAAGAUUACUUAACAUAUUUUAUCAAAGCUUAUACAUCAACAAAUUUUUUUUAUAAAGUAUUAAAUAAAGAUUUAGCUUUGUAUAUAUUAGAAUAUAUCGAUAAAACAAAAACGUUUUCAUCAAAUUAUCGUCUUGUCAAUUGUCUUGUUCAUAUUGUUACACUUUUAAUUUAUCAUCCAAAGUUAUCUCAAUAUCGAUAUCAAGGUAUAUGUUAUCGUGGGAUGAGAAUAACACAAAAUGAUUUAAAUCAAUAUCAAUUAAAUCGACAUAUAUUAAAUCGUGCAUUUUUAUCAACAUCUAUUAAUCGUCAAGUAGCAGAAAUGUUUGCUGGUGAAGGUCAACAAUCUCAAAUGAGAUAUACUCCUAAAGAUCAUUGUGCAUUACAAUAUUCGUGUUUAUGUCAAUAUUUAAUAAAACAAAAUUCAACAGCUAUCAAUAUACAAAGUUUAUCAACAAAACCAGAUGAAAAAGAAGUUUUAAUUAUUCCAUUUACCGUUUUUAAAGUAAUAGCAAUUAAACGAAAUUAUCUUGAUGAUCCAACAGCAUCAAUUUCAAUUGAAAUUGAAUUAGAAGAAUGUGAAGAUCCUGAUGAUGGUAAAAAUGAAUUAGAAAAUAUGUCAGCAGAUAAAACAUCAAGAGGAUCAUCAUUGUCAUCAUGUGAUAGCGAUAUCAAAGAUGCCGAAGCAUAUAUAAAAUUCAAACAACGAAGAUAUCUUUUUUAUGGCAUCAUUGGACUUUUGAUAUUGGGUGUUCUUUUGGGUUUAACUUUUACAUUUGUUUUUACUUUUGCUAUUAGAAAAAAUUCCACGAAAAAUGCAACGACUACAUCAGACACAGAUGAGACUUUCGAAUAUCAAUUACCAUCAGGUUAUACCAAUAUAUUAAAUCGAUCUAGCUGGAAUGCACGACCCUAUCUAAGUCGUGAGAAUUUAAAAACAUAUCCGGUCACACAUAUUGUUAUAAGACGAUUGAAUGAUUCCCAAACAGUUAUGAAUCAACAAGAUUGUAUUAAAAAAAUAAAAGAUCUUCAAGAUUAUCAAAUCGAUGAACGAGGUUGGGUUGAUAUUGGUUAUAAUUUUCUCAUAUGUAA